AUGAACUUCCGCAGGAUGGCACAGUUUCCCCUUAACCAUUUAGGGGAAGCCAACCACAGACAAAGUAUCACCCAGUGUGUCAAAGAAAACAAUGGAAUAACUAAAUUUUUUUUAAAAGACUUGAUAAAAGAAUCGUCCCUCAAAAAUGCAGCUUCUGUAUCUGACGAAAAGGCAGAACAUGAACGAAGGAACGUGCAAAAGGAUGACAAAAAUCAACCAUUUAACGUGACCUAUACUUGGGAAACGGAUCCGAUAAGUGGGUUCAGGUUCGUUAAUGUUUUAAACAAGAAGGAUAAAAAGAAGCUUGGGAUUCAAUGCAUUUACUGUAGAGACAAAAAGUUGUUCAGAUUUAAAAGAAGCGUCUUGUACCACAUGGUUACUUUUGAUCAUGGUCUGAAAUCAAGUGUCAUGGAAGAGUUACAGCUUAACGAGAAGAACGCAGAUGAGCGGUCAGAGUUUAUUAACAAUUUCAAUGAAGAAAAAUGUGCACAAAGGAGAGCACAAAGUGGGUCAGAAAAUUUUGAUAGAAGGGGAAUAGGAGAAGAACCCGAAAGAAAACACGCAAGGAAGUGUUGUAAUAAUUACGAACUCAUUAAACUUGAAAUAGAAUUUGUGGCAACUUUGAAUUUAUUAACAUGUGAAGAAUUGAAAGCAUUGUUUUGUUUUUUUUUCCCCGAGAAAAUAUUUUCAUUUAGUGAAUGUACAAACAAGGAGAUCAUUAUUGAGCACUUUUUACAAAACAUAAGUUCCGUUUCCACGAAGUAUUCCUCCCUGAUUAAGUCAGCAUAUGAUGAACCUAUACUUAACAAAGACACUAAAUAUGUUACUUUGCAAGAAUACCUGAACGAGUUAAAAAUUUCGAGGGAAGCACAGAACAGUUGUAUAGAUGAACCAAAUAUGGAAGGUGAGGUGGUCUUUCAUGACAUAAACGGCAAAGAUAGAGAAGGUACGGAAGGGGACAUCGGUGGAGAUGGCGCAAAUAUGGGUUCAGAUGCAGCAGAUGAGAUGAUUGCCAUUGAAGAAAUUCUGCAAAUUUCGGGAAAUGAUGAACAUGGAGCGUUGGGCGAAAGGGAGGUGGAGCCCAUGCAUAAGGAGACUAAUGUAGCUAACCACGUGACCUGCAAUAUUGCCAACGAACGAACCGAUGAAGAUGCCGCCAAUAUCACAAAAAGGAGAAAAACGAAAAAGCCAAAAGGCUUAGAUGCAAGCACAGGACAGCUGAACCCAAAGAAUCAUAUACUGAUAAAUAUCAACGAUUGCGACAUUUUAAAGCACAAUGAUAAGAUAUUCAUUAACUUGAGUUCUCUUCGGGAGGUUAAAGCAGACGCCGAACGGAAAAAGGAAAAUGACGCGAUUAUCAUUGUUAGCGGCUCAGGGGAAGCGGGGCAACUGAGCGAGGUUGGCACGAAUAAGGUGUGCACAAAUAUGGUGGACAGGAACGACGUAGACCCCACAAUUGCUGACCACACAACUGAAGAUGCAAACGGCAAUGAAAUAGCCCACUCGGCAAAGAAAGGCUCAUCAGAACGGAUAAACAACUCUCAAACGAGCGAAGCAUCUGCUGAGGGUGGAAACGAGAAAGAUGUGAACCCCCCACUCGGUAUCAGUAUCAAUAGAAAGGCCAAACGGAGCAGAAAUAAAAAAGACACGAAUGAAAAAUGCACUACGCAAGUGGGUAAAAGGGUCCCAAUGGGUGCAGAAAAUUGUAAAACGCAAAGUAGCCAACCAAAAAAAAAGAUAAAAGUAGAUGAUCUACAAGGAGGCAAUUCUGCCCAAACAAUUUUACUUUCACAAGAUGAGCAAAUGAAACAACACUUAGAGGAGGGAAAGGCACAAACAGAAGAAUGCAACUCCAAGGAGACCCUUCUUAACGAGAGUAGCAACAUGAAUGAUCGGCAUGAUGAAGAAAAAGCAAAGAAUAGCAACAACAAUAGGACCAAGGAAAUUUACCUCCAGAGUAGCAGCAAUAAUAGUGGCACCCCUUCAAGUUUCAUGGAUAAAGAAAAAGAAUUUAACCCUAAUGACGAAUUAGCCCAUGCAAUAAAUGUGGAAGAUAAAGACAUACAUGAAAUGGAUUACGAUACGGUAUAUGUGAAUCACAGCAAGUUAGGAGAGGCACAUGAGAAGAACACUGCGCCGUUGGAUCAGGGAGAAUGCAUUAGGAAGGUGGUACCUUUAAAAGGGGUUGCUAAGAUGAUGACUCCUAAAAUGAUUAAUAGAGAAGAAAAUGUGAAAAGGAAAAAGACAAAACAUGACGAUAAAAGGAAUGAACCAAAAUUUUGUAAGAAGAUAAAAUGCCCCACACGCCAUAAUGAGAUUAACAAAAAUGAAGAGACCCCAUCGAACAGUAGAAAAAAAAAAGGAAACACACUUCAGUUGCCGGAGAGGGACAAAGCAGAAAACAACUCAUCACUGCGGAAUUCAAUAAACUUAAAAGGAGGCAAAUGUGUAAGUAAUACAGGUGGUAACAGGGCGAUAAGCUGUGUUAAAAAAAAUAGCAUUAAGGGAAAAAUUCUUACUAAGAAAAGGACGCAUGUUGGUGAUACCAGUCAUGAUGGGAACAAUCAUUUGGGGGAACAGAAAUCCAACGCGUCGCUGCAUAAGCAGUUUAACAGCGUAUCUGUAGAAGGUAAUAAUAAACGCGUUUCUGAAAAAAUGCUAAAUAAGCAAUUAUGUAAUGUAUCGAUGGAUAACAUAAUUCAGCCUGAUGUAAUGAACUUGUCGCGCACACGUUCUUGCAGACUUGGUAGAUAUGACAUGGGGUGA